ACGUUCUGACGUUCCCCCUGCGUCUGACGCCACUGACGUCGAACGGGGCUGUUUGUUCUGGAUUCAGGGGUGAGGAAGAUCUGCGCGCGCUGACAACCGACAGAAACCCCCUCUACCCCCCUCGUCAACCAACCAACCCAAGGAAGACUGGCCCCUCUCUCCUGCCCCCCUCCAGGUCACUACUCCACCCCUCCAUUCUGGGAAAUAUGACACUCCCUCUGGACUAGACCAACAGACCACAACAGACAAACAUAGAGUCCAGCGUUUUGUGUGAUGGCCUGAGAGGGCUUCCCAGUCUAGCCUGCCUCCUCUCCCGGGUCCAAACUGUCUGACUGGGACUCCCCCCCUCCCCGCCUGCUACGCCCUGCCUCCGUCGCCAUGGGAGACGGCCUGGAGGCGGGCAGCAGCUUAGACCCCGCCCCCCGCACCCUCUCCUGUGACCCCCCGCCCCCUGAGACAUGGAACCCCUCGAGGCCUAAACGACAGACCAACCAGCUACAGUACCUGUUGAAGGUGCUGUUGAAGACGCUGUGGAAACAUAACUUCUCAUGGCCCUUCCAGGCUCCCGUAGAUGCCAUCAAACUCGGCCUGCCUGAUUACUAUCAGAUCAUCAAGGUUCCUAUGGAUAUGGGGACCAUCAAGAAGAGACUGGAGAACAGCUACUAUUGGAACGCCCAGGAAUGUAUACAAGACUUCAACACCAUGUUCACCAACUGUUACAUCUACAACAAGCCUGGUGAUGACAUAGUGUUGAUGGCAGAGGCUCUAGAGAAGAUGUUUCUUCAGAAGAUCUCUGAGAUGCCCCAGGAGGAGACUGAGAUCCCCAUGGUUACCAAGGGGCGGAGGGCGGGGCAGAGAGAAGCAGGUCUCCUGUCUAAGUCUGACUCCGGCCAGGAUUCAUCUCCCUCCUCCACCCCCCACACCCGAGUUUUCUCCUCCCCGUCGCCUGGCCCUCAGACUCGGGGUCUCCCCGUAUCCCAGGGGCCCCCCACCCUCCCCCUUGCCCUCCCCCCUCAGUCCCAGCCCCCUCGCGUUCCCCCCACCCCUCCCUCCCACGCCCCCCAGCUGGGACCCCCCUUCCUCGUCAGCCCUCUGGAUGUCCUGGCCCAGAGCCUCACCUCCGUACCCCACCACCCCCCAGCCCUCCCAGGCCUUCACCCUGCUGCCCCACCCAUCCUCCAGAGCGUCGCACCGCCAGCUAAGCAGAGGAAGAGCCAGAAGAGGAAGGCUGACACCACCACACCCACCGCCAACGACCAGCUCAGCGAGUCGUCUCCCGUGGCGACGGAGCCCCCCCGCCCCCGCCGUGAGAGCAGCAGCCGCCCGCUAAAGCAGCCCAAACGAGACCCCGCCCAGCCCGACUCCCAGGGGGUCCCUGGGGACGGAGCGUUAACGAGUCACGGCGGGAGCCCCAAGCGCCAGGAGCAGCUGCUGUUCUGUGGCGGUCUUAUCAGAGACAUGAUGUCUAAGAAACACAUUGCGUACGCGUGGCCCUUCUACAAGCCUGUCGACGCGCACGCCCUCGGCCUCCACGACUACCACCACAUCAUCAAACACCCUAUGGACCUCGGAACCGUCAAGGAUAAGAUGGACAACAGGCAGUACAGAGACGCUCAGCACUUUGCUGCUGAUGUCCGGCUGAUGUUCUCCAACUGUUACAAAUACAACCCCCCAGACCAUGACGUGGUCAACAUGGCACGCACACUACAGGACGUGUUUGAGAUGCGCUUUGCCAAAAUGCCAGACGAGCUUGAGGAGACGGCCCCCCUCCCCUCCCCAGCCCUCAAACCCAUCCCCUCCCCUGCCCUCCACCCUCUCCCCGUCCCCACCCUCCACCCCCUCCCCACCCCCUCGGCCAGACAGCCCCCUGCCCCACGACCGCCCUCCUCCUCCGAUGACAGCUCCUCCUCGUCGGAAUCAGAAUCCUCCGAGGGAGGUUUGGAACACGAGAGAACACAGAGACUGGCUGAACUACAGGAACAGCUCAAAGCUGUUCACGAACAGCUGGCCGCUCUGUCCACGCCCCAGGCCACCAAGCCCAAGAGAAAAGAGAGGGAGAAGAAGAAUAAAGACAAGUACAAGAAGAUAGGAGGGGAGGAGCCAUCGGAGAUCCCGCCCCCUGCCAUCCUCCAGCCAAUCAGAAAGAGCAAAAACAGCAAGGAGCCGGUGACCACGCCUAAGAAGAUCAAGAAACCGAGUAAAAAAGAAAUGAUGAAGAACAGUCGACCGGGCGCCCCACGUCAGACAGGCUCCACCCCCCUUGCCCCCUCAGCCUCGCUGGAGGCAGAAGAUGACACGAGUGUGUUUGUGGGCGGGGCAGCUGACAGGUGUAAGCCAAUGUCCUACGAGGAGAAACGCCAGCUCAGUCUGGACAUCAAUAAACUGCCCGGCGACAAGCUUGGUCGCGUCGUCCACAUCAUCCAAUCACGAGAGCCAUCGCUCAAGAACACCAACCCAGACGAGAUAGAGAUCGACUUUGAGACGCUGAAACCCUCGACGCUCCGAGAGCUGGAGAAAUAUGUCUGGACCAGCCUUAGAAAGAAGAAGAAAUCCCAGCCAGCAGUAGAGAAGGCUCUGGAGGUGACCAGUGUGAUGAAGAUGAAGACAGGAUCUUCAUCAGGCAGCAGUGACUCCUCUGACAGCGACGACACAGGGCUGGCCCCCCAGCAGCAAAAGUCCUCCUCUAGCAAUAUAUACUGUAAGAGACCCCACCAGUCCAGCAGGGGCGGGGUCAGCAUCACUGCCCCUCUGGACCCCUCCUCCUCCCCCCAGACCCCCCUAGUUCAGUCCAAACCCCCCCAGCAGCAGCAUCAACACCCCUUCGCCCCCCCUCCUCCUCCCUCCAUCCCCACUGUCCCCGUGACCUCUCUGGACUCCUCUUUGACCUUUGACCCCCUAGCUCACUUCCUGGCCCCCCAUCUGAGCCAGCAGGUGGGGGAGCACCGCCAUAAUGAACUGGGGCCCCCUGCCGCCGGACCCCCCCACCUCAACGCUGCCAACACACACACACACCCGGCCACACACACCUCUGAGAGCACACAGCCCUUCCUCAACCAGCAGGCCGUCAUGCCCUCCGUCAUGCUCUCCCCAGCACUCCACAACGCUCUCCCCCAGCAGCCGUCCCGCCCCAGCAACCGAGUGGCCCCCAAACCCCCUCAGCCUCCCCCCUCCUCCGCUCCUCCUCCCCCCCAGCCCUCCCUCCACAUUCCCCAACCCUCCCUCCCCAUUCCCCAACCCUCCCUCCCUCGCCCUUGUGUCCCCUCUCCCCCCACCCCCCACGGAAUCCUGGGGGUCUCGGCCCAACCCCCUCAAGCCCUAUUUGAGGACGACGAGGAGGCGGUGCCCACUAACUCUGAAACCCCUCCCCUCCCGCUCAGCCAGAUGCACAUGUACCUGCAGUCGUCUCGGCCCCCGGCACACAUACACCCCCACACACAGUCUCCUGUGCGGGUCCAGUCUCAGCUCAUGUACCGGGCCCCGGCCCACACACAGUCUCCUGUGCGGGUCCAGUCUCAGCUCAUGUCCCGGGCCCCGGCCCACACACAGUCUCCUGGGCGGGUCCAGUCUCAACUCAUGUCCCGGGCCCCGGCCCACACACAGUCUCCUGUGCGGGUCCAGUCUCAGCUCAUGUCCCGGCCCCCGGCCCACACACAGUCUCCUGGGCGGGUCCAGUCUCAGCUCAUGCAGGCCAUGCAGACUCAGUCACAGGCAGCGGCCGCUCCAACCCAGCAACAGCAGAGGCUCGCAACACAUCCUCACUCACACCCUCACUCACACAUGCAGCAGGCGGGACAGGGGAUGUCGUUCCCCCAGCAACAGAGCACCAUGCACCCGGCACAGAAAGGGCUUAAGCAGAUACUACAUCCACAACCAUCACCACGGAUCAAAACUGAGCCUUUCAAUACAGGUCCUCGUAGGGAGAGCCCCUCCCCUCUGAUGAUACAUUCUCCCCAGAUGCCUCAGUUCCCACCAAUGAGACAGUCCCCUUCCCAGCCCAAGAAACCUAACCAAAGGGUGAAAGAGGAGAAGCCGCUCCGCUCCCCGGUGCUGCCCCCCUCCCCCUUCAGCCCCGCCCAGCGACACCACAAACCACAAGACAACAAACACACACACAGAUCAGAUGUGAAGCUAUUGGACGGUUCUCAUCCUGGGCUCUGCCUCCCGAACUCCCCGGCCCCUCCCCCUUCCCAUCAGGACAGCAAACUGAAGCAGGAGGCUAAAACACCCAUCACUGCCAAGAAGACACAGGAUGUGAAGUUAAAGAACAUGGGUUCUUGGGCCAGCUUGGCCCAGCGUUUUCAGUCCACCCCCGCCUCCGCUGUCCGCUCGUCUAGCGACAGCUUCGAACAGUUCCGUCGCGCCGCCCGAGAGAAGGAGAGAGAGAAACAGAUAAAAGCACAGGCCGAGCAGGCCAGGAGAGAGCAGGAGAAACUACGUAGCCGUGACGACGAGGACUCUGUGGAGCAGCAGGGGAGGGGGCGUGUCCAGGAGGACUCUCGUCGUCGCCAGGAGCAACUUUCGCCUCAAGCCCCCACGCCCCCCGCCUCAACCCCUCCCGCCGACUCCCCACAGGCCCCUCCCACUCAACAGGCCACACCUCCACCCUCGGCCGCAGCACAGAACGCUAUGGACCAGCAGAGGGAGCAGGCGAGACGCCGCGAGCAGGAAAGGAGGAGGAGAGAGGCGAUGGCGGACACCAUUGACAUCAACUUCCAGAGCGACCUGAUGGCCAUCUUUGAAGAGAACCUGUUCUGAGAGAGAGAUAUUGAGAAAGGAGGAAAGGGAGAGAAAGAGAUAUGAACUCUACCUUGUCCCACCAUGGCUGGGAUUUCACACACAACACCCCCCCUUCCUCCCUCUCUUUGAUUAGAGACCUCAGAGUUCCAGAGACUUGAAGGAGACUGAGGUGAGGUACAGUAAUAAGGUGGAGCCCCCCAGCGGUGGAGACCGGGAGUACAGCUUCCACUUUUUUUGCAAUUUCAGAUGCGUUUUUUGUGUCUAACUGCCCGUUUAUCGUUGAUGAUUGGUUGUUGCCGUGGGCAAUGGUGAAACCGGAUACCUAUCGAUAAACAGAUAUUUGAACUCCUCUUGUAUUCUGAAACGAAACCGAGGGAGGAGGGGAGGACUGAGAACUAUUACCUGAAAAUAAAGAAGAAGAAGAAGAAAGAGGGUUUAAUGUAGAAAGAAGAAGAAGAUGAACACCUGACGAGAGAGAGAGGGAGGGAGGGGCGGGCGAACGAGACGACGGACAGACUUCUUUCUCUUUGAUUCAUUUCUCUCUUAAUCUAGUAUUUUUCUCUCCCUGUUUUUUGAUGUUGGGUUUUAAGCGGGGUGGGUGAGGGGUUGGGGUUAGGGAGGAGAUGGGGAGGGAGAAGUGGGCGGGCUGUGUGUGUUAUCAUGUUUGCGUCCCAAAAGGGCACCCUAUUCCCUUCAUAAAGUGCACUACUUGUGUCCAGGGCCCAUGGGGAUCUGAUCAAAAUUGGUGCACUAUAUAGGGAGUAGGGUGCCCUUUGGGACGUUUCCCCUGAGAUGGGUUCAGUUUCUCUCCGGACAGCAGGAUGAACACCGGGGUCACACCCCAACACUAUAAAGAAGCACCCUUCCUUCUCACUCUCCUUGUUCUUUGUGACGUCACUGACUUGACACAACUUGAAAGUGUAAAAGCUUGAACUCCAUUUUUUCAGUCAUGUCUGAUUCAUUGAUUAUUUCAAGAAAGGAGGCAGAGAGGGAAGAAAGGAGGGAAAACGAGGAAGGAUGAGUGAAGAAAGGAGGGAGAGAGGGAAAAGGAGGAAGGAUGAGUGAAGAAAAGAGGGAAAGAGAGGAAGGAAGAGAGAGAAGGAGGGAGGGGUACAUUUUAAAGGUGUUGGAAUGUGGCUCUUGCCUUACAGCUCUGACCUGUAAAUGAACACAAGCCACAGAUUAUACAUAUAUAUAUAUAUAUUAAUAGAUGCAUAAAUAUAUAUUAUAUACGAUAAAGUCCCUAAAAAUAAUUGGAUUAUGUUGUUGGGAGGGAGAAUGGCUUAUCUGCCUUGUGCUCAAUUCCCUUUUGUUUUUUUAGAGAAUUGACUGUAAAAAAAACAACUUUUUUAUGAUGCUAUAAAAAAUAGUUUUGUCUAGUUCAUAACCACCUUUCUCAUCCUGUUUUUCUCUGUAUCAAGUUCAGAUAUUCAAGAGUUUAAAGACCUCUGUUUUUAUUUAAAUAUCAAAUAAUUUCUGGGUAACAAUUAGGUACGUUACUGUGAUUGUUUUCAGUUGAAAUGGCCAAAAAAUAAACAAAAAUAGAUUCUUAGCAAAGAGCAAUUUCUCAAGCAAGUAUUUUGCUAGGACUGUCUGGGAGUGGUCUGAGUGGGGAGGGGAAACUGAAAAGUAGCUGUUAUUGGCAGAGAGAUUUGGAACUCUUUCUUAUUGGUCUAUCAACACAUUUUCCGCCUGGUGAUGUCACCAGGCAGGCCAAAACUCCAUCCCACCAAAACAGGCAAAUUUUCUUUUCAAACAGCUCUCACACUAAAAGGGCAUUAUCAUCAUUUUCACAAUUUAACAGUAUUAUUCCAGCCUUAUAGUGUGGAAAUAAAUAUAAAACACAGGAAAAUCACGCUUUUGACUGCACUGGCCUUUAACUACUUAACUGUGUUCUACUGUUCUGUAGCUACAUCCACCUGCUACUACACUUCCUUUCUUCUUUAGCUUCUUACUCAUUUUCUUUUUUAUAUUCAUGUCCAUCUGUUAAUCUCUCUCUCCUGUCAUCAUCAUCUUCCUCUACCAUCCGUAUCAUAGCUUUUAUUUAGUUUUUAUUCCCUUCCUGUUCUUUGUUAAAUUUUUCUGCUAUGUUUUUAGUUUCCGUGGUAACAGUCGGGGUUGUUGUCAUGUGCCAUAGCUCUAAGUUUUCUGGCGGCGUGGCCUGCGGUGUUGUCAUGUCCAGAUAUACAUCAAACCCCUGUAUACAGCUCUACAUACACUAUCUGUUCCAUUUAUUCUUUUUGGGAUGUUUUUAUUUAAUUUUGCCCCCUUUUUCAUAUUUGACGGUUGUUUGUUUUAUGUUUCUUGUCAUUUUUUUUGUUUUGUUUUCAAUCACCCGUUGGUAUGUUGGUGAGUGAGGUGUUAAGGUAGAUGGAUACAUUCUGUUCUGAUUAUGGAGUAAAACAGCUCUUUUUUUUAAAGAAAAGUAUUAAAAUUAUAUAAAAAAUUA